AAUGGAUGACAACUCUAUUGACGCAAACUUUUCAUUGAAUGACUGCUAAGUCUGUCCAACACUUACCAUUCACUCGUGAGUUGACCGCAAGUUAUCUGAAAGUGCGAAACGAUGGCCACUCACGAGAUAGCGGCCAACGCGACGACAAUAAUGAUAUUUCCGGCAAAUCCCGAGAUAUUGGACGUGAAUGUGACCAACGAUGACAUCAACCAAUACGAGGAGGAGAUGGACAUCGACUACGCCAGUCCUCCCGAGGGAGGCCUCACACCUGUCACCAAAUGCUGUCUUAAGAGACAGUGUUUCACCAAAUUUGCGCCACAAGUGCAGGAGGACUGCUUCAACAGGUUUUGGUGCAUAAGAAGCAAAACCAAUCAGAACUACUUCCUCGCGGGUCUCAUGAGCGCCGACGAGCCCAAGAGGACGGUCCAGAAGCCCGUCCGCCACAACAAGUCGGUCUCGUGGACCUACUUCGUGGACGUCAGGGGCAAGAAGGUCCAGGUCUGCCAGAACUUCCUGACCGCCGUCUACGGCAUCUCCUCCUCCAAGAUUCAGACCAUUCAACACAAACUCCUGAACGGCUCCUCACUCGACGACCUCAGGGGCCGCUUCUCGAAGCGCAAGAAGUCCGACCACGACUCACAGCACGUAACCCUCGAUGUCGUCUCCUUCCAGACCACCGACAAGAAGGUCCGCAAAAAGAAAGUCAAAUGAAUUGCAUGUCUUUCACUCUAAUCUCGAAGUUUUGUUAUAGUUUUGAAAAAACUUUCAAAUUGUUGAAUACGGAC